AUGGACAACGACGGGGCGGCCGACGACGCCGACGUCCCCGCCGUCGACGACUCGGUGCCGAUGAACUUUCUCCUCGGUGAUCGCAUUCGCUUCUACAGCAAUGGGACGGCGCCGAUCAAGGUGGUUGCGCAACCUCGCCCGCGCACCCCCACCGACUUUACCGACAUGAGCAAGCGCGAGCGCGAAGUCCGAGCCAAAAUGGUGCUGGACCCCAUCAACGUGACGCGCACGUUCUUGACGACCGUCAAGGUGGACGAGGCACCGGCGCCGUCGACGUCACCAGCGGCCUCGCCACAGCCCACUCGCUCGUUCCAGUCCACAGCGGCGCGCAAGCAGCGCGAGAAGCAGCGACUGCAGGACCAGCGACGCCACGCGUCCAUUUCGUGGCGAGGCGGCGAUGACGACGCGAAUGACGCUGUUCAGGAUACGAGCAUGGAUACGUCCCAUGGCUACCUUCGCCCCAAAGUCUUUCUGCCCGUCGCGAUCUCGCGAGCACCGACACUGCAGAGCGCCGACAAGCACACCGUCAUCAAAUCCGAGGUCGACAAGGCGCGGGCCAAGGUCGACUGGCGCUUGCACCACGCCCAGCGGGUGCUGGAGGUCACAAAAGCCCAGCAAGAAUUCGCCCAACAAGUGCUUUCGCAUGGGGCAACGGCCCGCGAGAGCGACAAGAGCCGCAAUCAGCUUAUGGAGGCAAAACGCAAGGACAUGGAGCGGCGAAAGCACGAACAAGAGCUCGACCUGGCCGCCGCCAAGCUCGAGAAGGAGCAGUCACGCUUGGACCUCCAUCGCGACGUGGACGAGCGCAACCGCGCGGCCAAGAUGCGCAAGGGCAACAUGGUGAGCAAACUCAAGGACCGAGUCGAAUACUUCCAGCGAAAAGGACUGAAUGGCCGCGUCUCGAAUCAGUACAAGCUGCAAGACGACGUGCUUGACGCGGGCGAUGAUGUACCGCUGCCGCGCGCAGAUGCACCUACGUUGCGCUCGUUCAAGCCCAGUCGCCGGCGGCCCCGGGACAAGUACACGAUCGACGCGACGGCCCGACCCAAGCCCGUGUUUGGCGGCGGGUUCCACAUCGAGCCGGCCAAGUGCCACGACACCGACGACGAGAACGAGAACGAGAGCGACUGGGAGGUCAUUGCGAACCAAUAG